UCAAAUACUAAUGUCUUUUGACUGUGGUGGUAGGAAAGGGUUUUGAAGAUAUUAUUUGAUGGAACGUUUGCAUAAAUCAUUUUGAAAAGAUGAGGACUGUACUUUUCCAAUUUGUUUUUCUAUUAAUAGCUUUUGAAAUUCGACAAGUUUUUGUCCAAAAGUGUGCAACCCUAGAAAACCCAGCACAUGGUCGAGUAAGACUGCGAGCAAGAGGCAGAAUUGCAAAGUUCAGAUGCUAUCGUAAAUACAAGUUAUUUGGAGCAAAAAUUAUCAUCUGUUCAAACGACAAGUGGAGUCUUCCGCCACCUGUUUGUAUACGAAACGGUUGUGAUGAAAUUCUAUCUUCAGGAAAUCUUACAGUUACUAAAAAUCAAGGAGGUGCUGUACUAAAAUUCACAUGUGCUCCAACAUUAAAAUUAAUAGGCGAGAAGUUGAUCACUUGUGAUGGUAAAACUUGGAGUUCCCCAGUCCCUUCAUGUAAAUAUGUAGAACCAGGAAAUUAUUGUGAUUUUGAAUAUGAAAAUAUAUGUGACUGGCAACAUGAUAAACAAGCAAACUUUGAAUGGAAAUGGAAUUCUGGUACCACACCUACUCGACGUACAGGUCCUAAAUAUGACCAUACCUUGGGUAAAGGUGGAAACGGACAUUAUAUGUUUAUGGAAUCAUCAUCUCCUAUAAAAAUAAACGACAAAGCAAGACUUCAAUCUCCAUAUUUUCCCGCUACAACAGGUGGUCUGUGUUUUGAGAUCUGGUAUCAUAUGUCGGGAGUUAUGGGAUACAACCAAGUUGGAAGAUUAAAGAUAUAUAUUGAAGACAUGGGACAAACUGAUACGUUAUCACACACAGCAAGGUUUGAAGUUUCUGGGAAUCAAGGGGACGAAUGGAUAAAAAAACAAUUUCCAGUUGGAGAACGAAAAACGUCUUUUAGGUUCAUAAUUGAAGGCAUGAAGUUAAAAAGUUACUUGAGUGAUAUUUCUGUAGAUGAUCCUAAACUGUACAACUGUUCAGACGAUCAUACAGACAGUACUCUUCGUUACAAAGAAACAACGGCAAUCGAUACAACUGAGUCAGAUGUGCAAACCACAGCGAUGUAUCAUAUACCUUUCGAAACCACUGAAGCCUCGUCAAGUUUAGCAAUGACAGUUAACGGUAUAUCUAAAACAACAGAAGAAUUUACAGUUUCCCUUACAGAUUAUACAGACAGCACUCUUCGUUACCUAGAAAAAACUGCAAUCGAUACAACUGAGUCAGAUGUGCAAACCACAGCGAUGUAUCAUAUACCUUUCGAAACCACUGAAGCCCCAUCAAGUUUGACAACAACAGUAACCCGUCUAGUUAAAACAACAGAUGAAUUAGCAGCUUCCCAUACAGAUUAUACGGACAGUACUCUCAGUUACCAAGAAACAACGGCAAUUGAUACAAGCAAGUCAGGUUCAGAAACCACAACAAUAUAUCGUAGACGUAUUGGAACCACUGAAGCCUCGUCAAGUUUGGCAACAACAGUUACCCGUCUAGUAAAAACAGAAGAAUUAGCAGCAUCGCCUACAGACUAUAUGGACAUUACUCGUAGUUAUAAAGAAAUAACUGCAACUAAUACAACCGAAGCUGUAAUACAAAAGCCUACUCAAAAUGUACUCAUGAUUGGUAUUGGAGUUGGUAUAGUAAUUACAUUAAUUAUAGUUACUAUCGCAAUUUAUGUUCAUCAUAAAAAUCGCAAAAGACAAGAUGUUUUCGAAGACAAAGAGGAACCGAUAGCUAGAAAAUACUUGUUCGAAAUAUAUAAAUAUGGGAAAGACAGCGAGGUAGACUAUCAUUUUGAAACAUAAAAUCUUAAUACUGCAAAACGAAGACAAGUGUUCUCCUUCAUCAAAGGACUUAUCUGCUCCGUUAAAAGUGUGCCUCCUUGCAUACCUAGAUUUUUGUAACUGAUCAUUGGAUAUGCAUUUGUGUGAUAGUCUUAUGGUUUUGUCUCGUGCAUUUCCACUUUUUGAGUGAUAGUUUGUAUGUGUUCAAUUUAGAGGUUUUGCCUCUACAUUGCGGUGUCAAUUUGUUUUAUUAACUAUGCGACUAGUCAUUUCUAGUCUAUUCAGGUUCCCUGUGUACCUGUAAACGAAGGUGGUAGCAGCAAAGUUUAAGAGCCCUACAUAAAGUAACUAAUUAGUUCUACAGCAUGAAAGAAACAUGUUGAUUUUGAAUAAAAGAGGACUUCAUUUCUAUAAGCAAUAAAAGAAGA